AUGGUGGGCUUGGGACAACUGUUCUUAGAAGAAAAUCAAAGGAUUAAUAAGAAGGUCUUGUCCAAUGGAGAUGUCUAUGUUGGCGACUUUAAGGGAGAACUUCCCCAUGGAAAAGGCAAAUAUUUGUGGUCAGAUGGCACUGUCUAUGAUGGAGAAUGGGAAGGGGGUAAGAUGACUGGAAAAGGACAUAUAUCAUGGGCCGCAGGAGCCAAAUAUGAAGGUGAAUUUUCUGGAGGUUAUCUUCACGGAUUUGGCACCUUCAAUCGUCCUGAUGGAUCUGAAUAUCGAGGUUCCUGGAGGAUGAAUAUACAGCAUGGGCUUGGUACGAAACAGUACUCCAAUUUGGAUGUUUAUGAAGGUUGUUGGAAGGAAGGUGUACAUGAAGGUAACGGUAGGUACUCUUGGAGUAAUGGCAAUGUCUAUGUGGGGAAUUGGAAAGGCGGAAUCAUGAAUGGUAGAGGAAUCAUGAAAUGGAUCAGUGGUGAUAUCUUUGAUGGCUCUUGGUCAAAUGGCCUGAGGCAUGGGUCCGGGGUUUAUAGGUUUUCAGAUGGGGGUUUCUACUUUGGAACAUGGACCAAAGGUUUGAAGGAUGGGAAAGGGACAUACUAUCCCGCUGGAACGAAACACCCCUCUCUAAAGAGAUGGUGUAGAUCGCUUGGUUAUGAUGAUGUUCCAAGUAGCUUUGAGUCCCGUGAUGCUUCAAUAUUGAAUUCAGUAGAAGUUGAGGCUCAAAGAACAAGCAUUAGGCGCAGUGUCUCGGAAUUGUCAAGUAGUGGAAGUUUAAGAGGUUCAGGAAGGAUAAUGCAGAGAACAGCAUCAAUAGACAGAAGUUCAAGCCGUGGUCAUUCUGCCAGAGAGUUGAUAUUUAAUAAUGACUUAUCAAGUGCGCUGUCUAACGUCUCAGAUGAUGCUCACAGCGUGGUGCUAGACACUGAUAGAAUAGCUUAUGAACGAGAAUACAUGCAAGGCGUUUUGAUCAAAGAGAGGAUUGUAACUGCAGAGCGGUCACGGAAGACUAAGCAUAAAAACAAAUUCCAUGCCAAAGAAGCGAAAACGAACUCGUGGAUGAAUAUUUUCCAGAGCCGUCAGAGCUAUUAUCUAAUGCUUAAUUUGCAACUUGGUAUCAGGUAUACUGUGGGAAAGAUCACACCAGUUCCCAUGCGUGAAGUUCGUCCUUCUGAUUUUGGAGAGCGAGCUAGAAUAAGGAUGUAUUUUCCUAAAAAAGGAUCCCAGUUCACCCCACCUCACUACUCUGUUGAUUUCUAUUGGAAAGAUUACUGUCCCAUGGUCUUCAGGAAUUUAAGAGAGAUGUUCAAAUUAGAUGCAGCUGAGUACAUGAUGUCUAUUUGUGGUGAUGAUGGUCUGACAGAGCUUGCUUCACCCGGGAAAAGUGGCAGUCUCUUCUAUCUUUCUCAUGAUGAUAGAUUUGUGAUCAAGACGUUAAAGAAGGCCGAGCUCAAGUCCCUUCUCAGGAUGUUGCCAAAAUAUUACUGUCAUGUAGGCAAGCAUGAAAAUACUCUCAUAACGAAGUUCUUUGGGGUUCAUCGAAUAACAUUAAGAGGUGGACGAAAGGUACGGUUUGUGGUCAUGGGUAAUAUGUUUUGCACAGAAUUGAGAAUCCAUCGUCGUUAUGAUCUGAAGGGCUCCUCUCAUGGAAGAUACACAGAUAAAGAUAAGAUCAAAGAGGGUACCACAUUAAAGGACCUCGAUCUAGAUUAUGAAUUUCACAUGGACAAAUUAUUGAGAGAGUCACUCUUCAAACAACUUCAACUGGACUCCAAGUUCCUAGAAUCUCAGAACAUAAUUGAUUAUAGCCUUCUCUUGGGGUUGCAUUUCAGAGCACCAGAGCAGCUGAAGGCCGUUUUAGAGCCUCCUGGUGCCACAACCAAUCAUGAUAGUUUUUCUUCAGAUGAUGUUGGUGUGAGCUCUCAAGGGGAGCCCUUGAUACCGCCGACCGGAUUGAUCUUGGUCACUCAUGAGCCUAGUUCUGUCAACACGGCACCUGGUCCUCACAUCAGAGGUAGCACAUUGAGAGCUUAUUCUGUUGGUGAGCGGGAAGUCGACCUGUUACUGCCCGGGACUGCAAGGUUACGGGUUCAGCUAGGAGUGAACAUGCCAGCUCAGGCGAGUCACAAGCUGCUGCAAGAAGAGGGCGAUUCCACGGAGGUUGAACUCUUCGAGGUCUAUGACGUGGUUCUGUACAUGGGAGUAAUCGACAUAUUGCAGGAGUACAACGCUAGGAAGAAAGCCGAGAAUGCUUACAAAUCACUCAAGUUCAACCCCCUAACGAUUUCUGUCGUCGAGCCAAAGCUAUACUCUCAGCGGUUCAUCAGUUUCCUGCAGAAAGUGUUUCCGGAGCCUCCCUGA